CCUAUCGUCCAUAUUGUUUUACCCAGACACACGCUACCUGUCAUUAAAUCUAAAAACUAAAAAAUAAUAUUGAUAGAGAGGAAGCGACAAAAUGUUAUUAAAAUAUUUGCUUUGGCUUUUCUUUAUUAAUUACUGCAAAGGUGAAAUAAAUGGAAGGCUCCUCGAUGAAAACGAAGAAAAUAUGGAUCUCGAUUCGUCGCAUGAUCAUCCAUCGAUAGGACGGGAUCUGAAUCUGGCACAGAAUUCAAUUCAUCAAUCACAUCCCAGGAGACAUUCGAAAUCGAAUCGGAGAAUUAAAAAGAGGUAUAAAUGUCAUUCAUGCGAGCCACCAGAUUGCCGAAAUUCCGUCAGUGGAAUGCAUAUGUGCCAGAAUGCAAUCCAGUGCUGGAAAUCGAGAGUCCGUGAUGCCUAUGGUGUGGAACGAGUUUCCAGAGGAUGUACAGUGUCGCACGAUCAUUUGCUGCUGGUUUGUAAUCAAAACAGUAACAACAACAUUGGUGGACCACGAAAACGACAUACCUACGGACAGUACAACAUCGAAUGCUGUACUGGUGACUAUUGUAACAGCGGAAGCUUCCCCGAACUGCCACCGAUCAUUUAUACAAACGAAAUCGACACAUCAAGCGGCUACUUUCUUAAAUUAUCGUUUGCCAUAUUCGGACCCGUCUUUAUCAUUGGCGGCCUAGCCGUUUUGGUUAUCAUUUUUAUGCGAAAAAAUCAUCAAAAACGAUUGCUAGCUACCCGAAGCAAACAGGAUCCUGAUACAUACUAUGGAAGUGACGAUUUUAGAGCGACAAGUGCUGGCGACAGUACACUAAGGGAAGUGUUCCAACAUUCUGUGACAUCUGGUUCGGGUGGUGGUCUGCCGCUAUUGAUUCAACGAACGCUUUCGAAACAAGUUUCGUUGGUGGAAUGCAUAGGUAAAGGACGUUACGGCGAAGUGUGGAAAGGCGUCUGGCAUGGUGAGCAUGUCGCCGUGAAAAUAUUUUUUACGCGUGACGAACAAUCGUGGAAGAGAGAAACUGAAAUUUACAGUACGGUUCUGUUGCGCCAUGAAAACAUUUUGGGCUAUGUCGGAUCCGAUAUGACGUCCCGGAAUUCGUGCACACAGCUCUGGUUGUUAACGCAUUUCUAUCCACUGGGUUCAUUGUUCGAUCAUUUGAAUCGUACCGCCUUGAGCCAUUACGAUAUGGUGAACAUUUGCCUGUCGAUAGCAAAUGGUUUGGUGCAUCUGCAUACGGAAAUACACGGUACGGAGGGUAAGCCAGCUAUAGCGCAUCGCGAUUUAAAAUCAAAAAAUAUUUUGGUCCGAAUCAACGGCACUUGCGUCAUUGCUGAUUUUGGUUUGGCUGUGCUGCAUACUCAAUCGACCGGAAAAAUUGAUCUGGGUACGAAUCCGAAGGUCGGAACGAAACGGUAUAUGGCACCGGAAGUGUUAGAUGAAUCCAUAAAUUUGGAAUGCUUUGAAGCGCUCCGUCGCGCAGACAUCUAUGCCUUAGGUCUAAUAUUUUGGGAAGUGUGCCGCCGUACCGUAUCGUCUGGUAUCGCCGAAGAGUAUAAGAUUCCGUAUUACGAUGUUGUACCAUCUGAUCCGAGCUUUGAAGAUAUGCGCAAAGUCGUCUGUACCGAUAACUACAGACCGUCGAUACCGAACCGGUGGAGUUCAGAUCAGAUUUUAUCUGGCAUGGCCAAAUUGAUGCGAGAAUGUUGGCACCAAAAUCCGAAUGUAAGACUGUCCGUAUUAAGAAUCAAGAAAACAAUACAAAAACUGUCCGCUUCCGAUCACAAAGUGCAGUUAAUCUACGAUGAUGAGGUUUGUGUUUGAAAUUCAGUUUGUUUUUCAAUUUUUUGUUUCAAAUUCUUAUUGGAUAGCAAAUCACGGCCGAUUCUUUACAUUUUUAAAAGUUUAAUUAUUUUUCUUUUUAAAUUUUAAUCCAAUUGAGACUUAUAUCGUGAGAAUUAAAUAUUUCAAUUUUUACAAAAAAAAUAUUAUUUUAAGAGACACACAACUGAUUACGUUGUUUGUGUGUAUCGAAAAGAUUGAAGAAGGAUAAUAUUGUGAACGUUUUGAAAUAUGUGACCCCAUACUCAUCGUAUUGUAUAAACAAACAAACAAACAAACUAAGAGCAACGGAAGUAUUCAUCAUCACACAUUAUAAUUGUUUUGGCAAAGACCAGAGUAAAUCUUUGAUGAAAUUACUAUUUUAUUACGUAAAUAUAAUUGAUGACUAACGCUAUGUCUGUUCGCAGACGAUUUAGAAGAGAAAGUAACCAUUCACUAGGGAUCGUUGAUGCAAUUGAAACAUAUUUUAUAGAAUCAAUGAAAGUACCAAAUGAUUGUAGGACCUUGGGGAGCAUCAACGGAAAAACCUAUUGACAGAGUCAGGGCUUGUUUUAAAGAAUUC